GAAAGCAGUGAUUCAUCAGGUUAUAAUGCUGAUCCAACUGAUUGUCGACGAUAUUAUCAAUGCGCACAGGGACGAUGGAUUAGAAUGCAAUGUCCCAGCAAUUUGGUAUGGAAUCCGGCAGCAACAGUUUGUGAUUGGCCCCAAAAUACAUUACUUUCCUGCCAUUGA